CUACUAUUAGUAAUAGGUCAGUGAAAUCUCACGAUGUUGGUACACGUAAAUUGCAUUCCUGAAAACGAGACAACACGAACAGAUCACACGUUUGCACUCUCGAGCCCCAAGAAGGCUGAAUUUGGUGGAAUCUUGGAAUGGGUGUCAUCGGAAGACUACCCAUAUUAAUUAUGCAUCAGCUCUCCACCGCUACUCUCGCAAAGUAACUGCGCCAGCUCAGCUACGGUAAAUUGAGAUGACUGAUGUAAAGCAGAAUCGCCAUUACAAAAUAUUGUUGCGCUAGGAUCACCGGAAAAUUCUUUAGAGAGUACCUACUGUAGGACUACAAUCGUACCAUUCCGUAUUAUUGUAAUUGGGAAAAGUAAACCAUUCUGAAAGCUGUUUUUAAUGUGAACGUUUGACGACUCAACGGCUCAGAAAUAUGCAAGGAAGAAGCGAGUUCCAGAUUGUUGUUUACGCGCUAUUUCUACUAAAGACUGUUGGCGGCUUUUCUGGAGAUCAUGACCAUUUCCUGACGAUACAUCAGCACAAGCCCGUGAGGCCCGUCAUAGUUUAUCAGCAUGCCGAAGGCACCAAGAAGACAGACUUGGAGGACGUGAACAGGCAAACAAACAUCUUCCAUUCACCUUCGUAUGCCAGGAUAAGCAAAGUCCACCCAUCCAUGAUUGUAAAAUGCAGAUUUCCUGAAGAUACCCAUGACCAAAGCAUCAACUUGCUGGCUCAGACAGACCAUGACCUGCAAGUUGAGAAUUCUCCUGUUUCUGCCAGAGACUUGGUAUCAGUGACUUUGCAGGUGGACAUUCGCAGAUUGAAUGUGACGUUGCUCCGAGCUUUCCGAGAUGGGGUGGCGGCCGCCUUGGACAUCUCACCUCAGCAAGUGCAUAUCAACCGUCUCAAUGAGAAAAAGAACUGCAUAGAGCUCUAUGUGUCUUCGGAGAAACUGGGCGAGGCAGAGCCAGUACCCUCGGAGGAAGUGAUUCGGUCUCUCAAUGUCAACAUUCUCCACAAGAGCCUCUCCCAGUUUGGCAUCACUGAGGUCACCCCAGAGAAGAAUGUGCUGCAGGGACAACAUGAGAGAGACAACGUGUGGACCAACGAGGGAUUUUAUGCUGUGGUUAUUUUUCUCACCAUCUUCGUGAUCAUCAUUACCUGUUUAAUGGUCUUGUACCGGCUGAAAGAGAAGAUUGAAUUCCCCGAUCGGCAGUACAAGGAGCAGAGCCGGGAGAUCCACCUCACCCCCAUCCCCGUCCACACCAAGGAGUCCCAGCUGAAGACUGCCAACAGCAUGGUGCAGCCAGAGCUGGCGCCCAAGCCUGCCAGCAUCGGUGCCGAUCCCCAGUCCCAGUCAACGCCAGAGAUCAAACCCUGUCUGUCCGCCAGCCCCUCUCCCUUCAGGAUGAAACCAGUGGGCCUGCAGGAAAGGCGAGGCUCCAAUGUGUCUCUGACUCUGGACAUGAGCUCCCUGGGGAACGUGGAGCCCCUCAGCAGUGGGCAGACCCCCCGCGAGAGAGUAGCCAUGGAGUACUUGCAGACAGCCAGCCGCACCCUGACGAGGAAGCAGCUCCGCGAAGUUGUGGCCAACACACAGAUCCUGCACGCCGAGUUUGUGGAAAUUCCAAUGAAUUUUGUGGAUCCAAAAGAUUUGGAUAUUCCAAGUCAUGGAACUAAAAACAGAUACAAAACCAUAUUGCCAAAUCCACAUUCUAGAGUAUGUCUGAAGACCAAGAACAUAUAUGACCCUCUCAGCAGUUAUAUAAAUGCUAACUACAUCAGAGGCUACCUGGGAGAUGAGAAGAUGUACAUCGCCACUCAGGGCCCCAUGAUCAACACGGUUAAUGACUUCUGGCAGAUGGCCUGGCAGGAGGAGUCCCCAGUCAUUGUCAUGAUCACCAAGCUGAAAGAGAAGAAUGAGAAAUGUGUGCUCUACUGGCCAGAGAAACGAGGCAUAUAUGGGAAGGUGGAGGUUCUUGUGAAUGGUGUCAAGGAUUGCGACCAUUACACCAUCCGCAGCCUGACUCUGAAGCAAGGAGGCCAGUCUCAUAAUGUGAAGCACUACUGGUACACGUCCUGGCCAGACCACAAGACCCCCGAUAGCACCCAGCCGCUGCUGCAGCUCAUGACAGAGGUGGAGGAGGAUCGCCGGGUAUCGGGCUCCAGGGGACCAGUCAUAGUUCACUGCAGUGCCGGGAUUGGCAGGACUGGGUGUUUCAUUGCCACGACGAUCGGGUGCCGCCAGCUUCAAGAAGAAGGGGUGGUUGAUGUGCUUGGCAUUGUGUGCCAGCUUCGGGCUGACAGAGGAGGCAUGAUCCAGACAGGUGAACAGUACGAGUUUGUGCACCAUGCCUUGAGUCUCUACGAAAGCAGGCUCUCCACCGACGCUGGCCAGUGAUAAUUUGUUGUGCUGUUUUGCCAAGUCUUCGUUUAUUUGGAGGAAGAGUUGAAAGGUAAUUGUAUUACCUACUGGCAGCAUCUCACGCAAGGAGUGCGAUCCAGUUGCGUUUCUCUAAGAUGAACUUGUGUGGCACAAGUUAGGAUGGCAGGUAACCUGGAAAGAUGAGUGUCCGUUAAUGAAUGUAGUAUAUUCUCUUUUCUUUUAUCUGCCUCAAAAAAGCUUUUCUUAUAAGAAUUUAUGCAUUCCAUCUCAUUGCCAUUGCAGUGCUGCAGGUUUAAGUGUAUUCUUACAGUAUGGUUGUACCAGUAGUACCCAACAACUCUUGACUUCUGCCAGUAGUAUCCAGCUUCUGCAUAAGUAACUAAUGGCUGUUCUUGAUGCUAAUGGAUUUGGUAUCUACAGCCAGUUUUACUUAUUUGAUUUUGAUAAAAUAGUAAGUUGAAAGAAAAUGGGAAUCAGUUAAAUGCUUGCAAAAUGGGAGAUCACACUGACAGAAGUUACAAUUCAAAAGACUGUUAUACUCUACUCGACGUGGUUGAAGUAUUUGUGAGCCAAACCGUCCCAGCAGACACAUCUGCAGCAGGAGGCUUAAACCAAGUCAGGUUAUGAAUUACUCAUAGGUUUUCUGGUUAAUUUGUUCUAUGAUUAUUGUUAAUACAGAGGUAGGGGAGAGUGGUGUUAACCAGAAAUGGACAGAUAAAAAAUAUGAAGGUCCAGGUAACAUGGAAUUCUGUUUCAACUCAAUACACUUUUUUUUUCAUUUUGCUGUCCUGUUUUUCUGCCAAUUACACAGAAAGCUACAAAAAUAACUUUUACCAAAAUAUGAACUACAUGGACAACAACAAGCUAUCCUGCCUACAUAUUUUAGAACAUAUGGCAUGUAUUACUUGUGGCUUUUUGGUAUGUGAAGGAUGCUUGAAAUGUUUCCCAAAGAAGCUCCUUUGCCAUUUAAUGCUUAUAUUUAUUACUGAAUCCUAUUAUGCUUAAGGUGGUGGCUUUGAUAGCCUUGUCUUGUAGUUAAGCCACUCACAACAUUGGUACAUUUACAAAUCAGUUUUACACACUUUUCCUAAUAAUGGCCUGUUUAAUAUAGCCGUUUGUCAGGGUUAAAUCACUACAAAUUUUAAAGGGCUGUUCACCGUAUCUUUACAACAUCCUGACCAUGUCAAAGAUCAAACAGUAAAUUUAUUGGGGCUACAAUUAAAGGAGGUUUCUGUUUAAAGUAUUUGUUCUGUUAAAAUCAGUUCAUUCGUUAAAGCAAGUGCUAGCAUAUCAAUGCAUAAUAUUAUUUUUUUUAGGUAUAUUUAAGUUUGUAAACAUCAGAAUUUGGAAAAUACAUAAUCACUUGUUGAUCAUCAAACAGAAAACUACUGUUACAUUUGCAUUAAUCAGUUAUUGUACAGCGUAUUGUAUCCUCUUCAUUUAAUAUCUGUACUGUACCCCACACUUUUCUAUUUUUUCCAAAUAUGCUCACAGUAACAAGAGGAAAGAGCAAUAAUUUAAUCCAACUUUAAGACUAAAGUCCACAGAUCUUUAUGCAGAUUAAUAGCUGUUCACAUACAUUCCUGUAUGUACUGUAUGGUACAUUAAGAAAAUAUAGUAGACAAACAGUAUAUGUAAAACAGAAAAACAGUAUAUUUAUUAGACAGAAAGUAUAUUUUAACUGUUUUACACUUUAAACAGUAGGCAAAACUGUCCCUGGGGUAGCACUGCUCCUGUAGACUACACACUGGUUCAUAGAUCUCAGACUGCAAAAGCUGUCUAACCCUAACCAUAGCCUCCAAGAAACAGUCUGAAAUUUUCUGUGCUAUAAAGUGCUGUCAUUAACAUUGCUAAUAACCUUUGAGCUCAUUCGUAUUCGGUGGGUUUUUGCUUAUUUCACAUUCACUUAAUCAUCAAUGAUUUACAGUAUACUUCCACUUAAUGAAUUCCAAUUAUGAAUCAGAAUGGGCAAAUUGUUGGAUUAAAAGAUGAUUGUUGGUACAAGAAUGCUUCACAUCUUUUUGAACCAUGGAACACAUAUACAAGGUAAUCGAAGCCUGAUUCAUUGAUCCAUCCACAGUGCCAGCGUACUGCUGCUAUCCUGAUCAAUUAUCAGUCAAGUUCUGUUCCCAGCAGCAGAGCUUCACUAAGAUUAGUCCAUCCUUCAGUGCUGCAGUACAGUCCCUUUCAACACCAGAUCCUUUUCAAAGCGCCUUUUUUUCAGAUAAUGACAUAUUAAAAUAUGCAUCAGCCAAACUGGAUGGUUAAGAAAUGUAAGUGAGGAUUUUUGAUUAUGUAGAAUUAAACAACUAAUAGGGAACAAAUGCAAGUAAUGGAUGCUGGUGUGCUUUGCUCCCAAAUACUUCUACUACUGGUAACAGCUAUAAUUAAUAUUUUGAGAUUUUCAGACUUUACCUGAUAUGAAUUUGUAUCGUAUUUAUAAAAAUGUGAUAUUUACAUGUUAUUUCACUAAAGUCAGUUUUAUGCAGAGGAUUUUUUUUGUUGUUGUUGAGAAUUUGGGGUUCAGUACAGUAUGUAAAUGUUACCCAACUGCUUUACUUUAUAUACAUGUGAAAACAAUGUAAAUGUUAAAGUGCUAUUAUAAAUUAUGUGGCUGGCAUAUCUUUUGACCACAUAACAUCUUGCUGCUGAAACUGCAAGUGUUUAAAAUUUUAGGGGAAAAAAAAGAUAUCUGUUUGACUAUGAAAACAUUUAGAAACUUUUUUGUAUGU